AUGACGAAGAAGUCUAACCAGAAACAGAAGGCCUCGACCGUCUCUCAACAACAAGCAAUCCAAGAUGAGAAAGUACAGAGUGUGAACAAACAGCCAACGUCGCUGCUCAAUGGUCCCAAAGAAGGGAAAACCAAGUACAUAGUAUCUGAGGGAGGCAGCACGUCACCACGCUUGAUCCAACCGGAGAGCCUUUCUCCAGCGGUGAGGUCUGCUCAGAAUAUCGCCUUGCUUGAGCUUUUGGACCAGAGGCCACGAAGCUUUUUGAGCAGCUCAUCUAAUAAUGCCUCUGGGCAGUGGAAUGUUGAGAGAAGGAUUCUAUCCGUCCAGCAAGAAAGAGAGCUUUCAACCAACCUGGCUUUCCUGGCUGGGGUUUCAGAUUGUCCGAAUCAUGUUAUGGGUGUCUGCAUCGCAGAACUUCCUGGUAUCGGAGGGUGCCAAAUCAUGGUGGCCAUCAACAAACGUCUGCCACCCGACGGCAAUGAGAUCUUGAGACGGGUCCAGAAAGGAUUCGAACAGAUUUUCAGAAGAUUGAGACUACUCUCCGCUGUCAAAGAGGCCGUCUUCAAUGAUGUUGUUGCUCUGUGUCAUGAGCGGAUCAUGAGUCGUUUGAGAUCGAGACACUCCAAAGUCUCUUACAAAGAUCGAAAACGCAACAAACGUUACAUUGGACAUGUCCUGAGAGAUUUUAUGACUGUUCCCUGGCAGGACGCGGCCGCUGAAAACGGCACGCAUAUGCACAUGCACAGCCUAAAAAGAUACCGAUCAGAUUUGGAAACUCUUCUAGACCAAUUGGAUAGACUAGAGGCUUCAGAUACUGCGCGCCACGAGGAUGUCUCGAGGCUCGUGAUUUCAGUUGCUCGGGUUGUUGAUAACGUACCCCUCGCAGGACUGCUUGCCUCCAUCAAAAAUCAAGAUAUGGCCCCUCAGCUGAGAACAUGGCUUCUCAGCUGCUUAUCCAAAAUCCGCAGAUACAGAGAGUUCGCAUCAUUGCUCUGUCAUAGAGCCAGACGUAUCCCUAUUCUUCGUGCCGCACGGGUCCAAACAGUCGGCAUGGCGGUCCAACCGAAAGACAUGUCAUUCAAGAGCCCCGAAACUUUGAAUCUUUGGCAGUCUCUGUCAAGGUUUCAAUACGAAAAUGAACCUGUCCAGAUGAAAACACUCCCAGAGUGGCUCAGAGACUUGGCGAGGUCGUCCGCAAGAAAAUACUCUGAUAAUGUCCGUGAAAUACUCAAAGAAGCCAAGGUCCACGCCGAAAUCCAACUCCUGGUUCAUUGUGAGAACACACAUGCUAAUGAGUAUCGACCGCGAAUUCUGGCUUCGAGCAAGAAAGCUUGUGCUCUCUGCAAUACUCUAAUCGGGAUCCACGGCAAAUACCGGGUGCCGAAGUCACAUGGAAGGCUGUACAAAGGUUGGCGGCUGCCCGCUGCAUACCAGAAUGGGCCAUUGCAAGACAGCUUGAACAUGGUUCUAGAGACUCAGAUUUCAGAAACCUUGGAAAGACUGAUUGGACUCACGAAGAGACCUCCAAUAGAGUCACACAACGAGAGCAGCAUCUUCUCAUUCCACCUAUCCACAUCGACAUUGACAGAACCUCCAACUUCUAUCAUUUCAGAACCCGACAAAUUUAAGUUCUUGAGCGUAAGUGAAGGCCAUGAAGGUGCACUCACCAGCAAUCAUAUGGAUGUCCACAGCGCGGAUAAUUAUCAAACUGGAAAAGACUCGAUCGAUGGACCCGGGGACGAAGGCCAAGAAGGCAACACAACCGAUGAUUAUACCCCUCCGUUGGACGACAUAGGCGAUAGAGCUGAUGGCACUGGACACCACGACAACGGUGAGACCGGUGGCUCUAUUGAAAGUAUUAACGCUCUUCAUACGGUGUAUGCGAGACUGAAACAGCGACGGAAGAUAAUUUUCAAUCCAGGAAGGGCUGGCGUAUCAUAUUUCCGGAGCAGCCGCAUGGAGUUAUUCAUCGACGAGGCAUCCGCUGCAUUCUCCUUUGAGUUGCUCAGCACAGCAGAAGCAAAGGCCGUCCUGUGUGACGAGACGAGGCCAGUGAUUGACACGGCAGCCAUCUCAUUUGAAGAGGAAGUGCGACUGCCGAAAUGUGCGAACGGAGAGGCGUAUUUUUCGUCCGGCGAAGAGAUCAUUCGGGUCUGCACUAGACGGAUGUGA